UGGAUUAUUCUUCAUGUGUAGUUUUGGACUUGAACAGAUUUGUGCUGAUCCAACAGAAGCUGCGUCACAAGGAUCCGGUCCCGAACUCUGGCUGAAGGUGAUGGAACCCUGAUGGAACCCUGAUGGAACCCUGGCCGUUGGCAGCGCAGUCAGUGUCGGGUGAAACGUCUCAACAGCUCCAACGGUUCGGAACUUCCAACGGUUCUGAGAACAGCAGGCGGUCAUCUUUGGCGAUCCCGUUCUAGAGACAAAAGCAUGGAUGUUGGUGGAAGCUCCCUCCCUGAAUGCAUCAACCCUAAUAACUUUCCUGCCAAACUGUGGCGUUUGGUGAACAACCCGACAAAUAAAGCCAUCAGCUGGGACCGCGACGGCACGUUCAUCAUCAUUGACCAACACCUGUUCGAGCGACAGAUCCUCUCUCCUGGCACCAUCUCCUCGGACAGCCCUGACGCCUUCAAGACCACCAACUUCUCCAGCUUCGUCCGUCAGCUCAACCUGUACGGCUUCCGCAAGGCCGACCCAGCUGUCACAGACACCUACCACUCCGCCGGGGACAGUGGGGCGUACCAUUACUUCCACAACCCAAACUUCAAGAGGAAUUACCCUGAACUUGUUGCAAGCCUGAGGAGACUCACUGUCGACAAUAAAGCCAAGAUACAAGCUGGUCUGAACGUGAACUGUCGGCCCCCGAGUCGAUGGCAGCGAUUGAGUGGAGGUGACAUUGGCAAAGACAAAUUUGGGAAAAGAGGCAGUUCUUCCCUGCUUAGCGCCGCACAUCAGGAGUCGACUCAUCCUUACCAUUCAAGUAAAGCCCAGGCCAUGACGGUGCACAAUGGAACCCCAGUCCCACCACGAUACCUGAUAAGGGGUCAUGGUGCAGCUCUUUCUCCUACUGUCUUUGCUACAGACAAAGGGAUACCAGUAUCCUUAAGCCACCACUACGCUGGAGUAGCCUCAAGCUCCAAUGCUGUGCACGUUCCGCAGGGUUUACUGGCCCAUGCAAACCCCGGUAAUCAAAAUUGUGCCACUUUUAAUCCUCCUAAUGCACAAUAUCAGCCUGGCUUCUACUCCACAGUUUGCCAUUGCUACCAGCCGAACCUUGUGGCGCCACAUAUGACAUAUAGUGGGCUUCAGACGGGGUUGUUCUCUCCUCAAGGCUAUUACCAGGCAAGAUAUCCUGCCAAUGUGUUGUGUCGUGGGGACCACAUCCAGGACCCACAGAACAAGGACAACCAGGAAGUGAAAAAAUGUGAAAUUAACUUGGACACAAUUUUCCAGAUUGCAGAUGAGGUGAUGCAAACUCCGCCCAGUAGCUGUCUGGUUAGAGUUGUGAACCCAGAGAAUCCAGGCCCAGUCUUAGUGCCUUCUUCCAACACCUGCAACACCAUGCUGAGUGACAACGCUGCCAGCUCCAUGCAAGCUGACCCUUUUUGCUCUGGACCCAUUAUAACGUCUGCAUCAGGCAAUGUUGAUCUAGUCGCAUACGGACAGCAGGAGCCGUCUGUGCUUUCAGUGCCUGAGCAAAUGCCUGAAGAUGCCAUAUUUGAGGUAAGUCUCUACACUGAAGUUUUCCUCAAGACAUUCAGCUUUAUCUUGUAUUAUUGUUUGCUGUGGUUUCCUCUGUGCCCGGCAAGGUUACCAGUGAUGAUGCAAAGGAUACUAAGGUCAAAGGUGUCGAGGUUAGCGACGCUCUCUUGGAUACCAGUCAGGCUUACAGCAGCAGCUGCAAAGACAAUACCCCAGAUAUUUAGGUCAUCACUGCAACAGCUUUAUUGGCAGAUGGUUAUAUUCCUCGAUUAGAUCUCAGCUUGUUGAUUUGAUUGGGAUGUGACAGGGAGUCUGGAUUCACUCCAGUAUGUGAUCUUAAGUUGUGACUGUAACCAGACUUUAUUCUCCAUUUGAAUGAUUCUUUGUUGUAUAAACGUUUGUUGCUCAAUUCUAAUUUAAGUCUUGUUAAAUGUACAUUAUAUGCAUUUUCAUAGUAGUGUUUUUCCUUAUUGUUAGUGACUCUGGACGAUACAUUAAUUUGAGGAACACAAAG